AAACCUCCCGCUGUCGGCCACUACCUACCUACUAUUUGAGUCUUUUGCCCCCCUCCAGCUUUCCUCAGCUUCUUCCUUUCACCACCAGCAAAGCUUCUUCAAUCCAGAAGUACCUAUCUUGACAAUCGAGUCUGCUGCAACUGGAAGUCUACUAAUCCUACAAUCUAUACAUUAUUCGCCUCUAGACGACAGACAGCACACACCCGCAUCGCUGUUGCUGGACCGUCAUGCUCUUUGCGUCCUGACGUCGCUUUCGAAUUAUAUCAUACCACACAGUCACCUCACAAACCGUCACGAUUUACUUGCUGCGAAGAGCAAUUCAACAACACCUACACCCGACUCUACUCAACUUUCAGCGGGUAGCUCAAACACAAUUUUGGCCCAUCAUGACUGCUCCUGCUAUUCGAAUUGACGGCAUCGUCAACCCCGCCGCUCCACCUCAUCCCGAACUGAUCAUGGCUGAGGGUGCCCCUUCAAUUGCGCCCUCAUUGACUUACUCAGACGACUCAGACUCACAAGAAGAUGAGCCCGUCAUCCCUCUCGAGCGCCGCCGUCGCGCAUCUACACGUCUGAUUGCCCAGAAUGCCAGAGACAUUCAGCGAAUCACUGGUGAGACACCAGCUGAGUAUAUGGAUCGCUGCUGUGGUGGUGCUUGCUGCAUGGGUGACCGAAAUAAUGUCGAGUAUGAGCAAGUUACUCUACCCGACAACGAUGCUUUCAAGUCUCUCGGUCUAAGACUUGAAAACAUUCCCGCCAACUUGACUGGCAUCAUCGAUAUGCCUGAGCAAACUGUGUCUUUCACCUCAAUUCCUCGGCCAACUUCUUCGCCAUCCGACUCGGCCAUCUCUCUCGGCUCCGACUCUGAGUCGUCGCCCACAGCCACUACUUCCAAGAGCACUUACCUCGUUCCUGGACCUGGAUAUGAGGGCGUUGACACCUCAAUUCAACCCCCUCGCUUUGUUCAGCCUCAUCCUCCCCACAAUGUCUAUCCGGCGAGGAUCCACAACACCCGUGAGCUCACCAAGCCUGGCGCCGAGAAGAGGACCUUCCACUUUGAUCUCGACAUUACCGACUACCCUCCUGAGGAGGUUUUCGACUUCAAGGUUGGUGGUGCCAUUGGUGUCAUGGCUCCCAACGAUGAGAUUUCGGUCGAUGAGAUUCUGGAUGCCCUCAUGAUCCCACGCUUCCAGCGUGAUAAGCCUGUCCUCAUGAAGACUACCAAGGGCCGCUGGCCUACCGUGUGGGGUGAUGACAAGCCUCGCGAGCUCGUCACCACACGGCGCGAGCUCCUCACUUGGACCACCGACAUUCAAUCUUAUGCCCCUACCAAGGAGCUCCUCCGUGUCAUUGCGGAGCAUGCCACUGCCCCUAACGAGAAGAAGAUUCUCAUGUAUCUCUGCUCCAACGAGGGUGCUAGCAUUUUCUCCGACUUCCGUGGUGGCCCUCACGUCACUCUCUCACAGAUCCUCAACGCGUUCCCCAGCUCACAUCCUCCUAUGGAUCAGCUCCUGUCCGUCCAAGCUCAGCUCAUGCCACGAUUCUACUCUCUCUCCAACGAUCCCACGGAAUCAUACACUCUCCGAGAACAUGCUCAGCGCCGCUUAAUUGAGAUUGCCGUCACAGUCCACGACUCUAUGGAUUGGCGACGUGGCUGCCGUGCUGGCGUCGGCUCUGGAUUCUUUGAGCGACAGGCCCACAAGUUCAUGAGAGCUCAAGCUGCUGGGGAGCGUGCCCCUCAGAUCUUCAUUCCAAUGUUCAAGGGCCUGAUGGCCAACCCUCUGGCUAAGCAAUUCAACUCGGAUGGUCCCAUGCUCCUGAUUGGUGCUGGUGUUGGUAUUGCCCCUUUCCGUGGCUUCGUCCAGCGCCGCCUCAAGCAGGCCAACUGUGCCAAUAAGGUCUGGGUCCUGCAAGGUAUCCGGGACUCGCUUGUAGAUGAGAUCUACAGUGGUGAGUGGGGUGUUCAUGAGGAAGAAGUGAAGCGUGUUGUCCAGAGUCGAGUGGGUACCGGCAAGUAUGUUCAGGAAGAGGUUAUGAACCAAUCUGAUCUGGUCUGGUACAUCAUAAACUCUCUGGAUGGCCGAAUCUUUGUGUGUGGAAGCAGCAAAGGCAUGGGCGAAGGAGUCGAAGAGGCUCUUUGCGAUGUGGCCAUGGAGAAGGGCAACCUUGAGCGCGAAGAGGCCCGCAACUUCUGGAAGCUUAAGAAGGAAGAGGGCAAGUACAUCUCCGAGACAUGGUAGAUGUUCUAGCCUGCGAGUUUAUUCUAGCGAGUUGAUUGGGAAGUUUUGGAUGACGUUUGUUUUAUACUGAAGAGGAAUUAUCGGGAUCAUUGUAACAAGAUAGGAAAAGUUGCAAACCGGCGCAAGCUGGAUGGCCGCAUGAAAGAAGGAUAGCAUAUGGCAUUAUCUGAUUCGAGACAAGAGGAGCAUUGGGCUGGGCAUGGUAAUGGCGUUAUGGGAGUUUAAAGUACAAGGUGGCAGUUCGCAUAGUGCUACUAUUUUUCCUACAAAAAUACCCUCGGCAGCGGUCUGGACGGGAUAGGAUUGACAAAGAGCUUGCUCUAUCCUCGCCGAGAAAUGAAUUUACAAAUAUUGAGAAACUUAUUCUACUGGAGUUCCAGGGAUG